GUAACACUGUAACACAACUGUCUUUUGACAAAUGUCUAAAAUGUCGUUACAGCUUUUCAAAAUAAUUUUAUUAACCAUCAUUGCUCAUUUUUGAACGAUUUGUAAAUUGUACUAGGUACCGCAAAAACCUCAUUCUCUUAAUUAAUAACUCGGUGAUAAAAUUAGUGCCUAUUAAACUCAACAAAAUGAACGAAACGAACCGGCUAUAAGUUUGGCGGGUUUUAUACAAACAAUAGUCGAAUAGCUUAAUGGCCGCAUAUCUAAAGGUCGGAUGGAGUUCUUUAAAAGACGGAGGUCCUACAUCCAGUGUAGUGUUUCUGUGUGUAAGAAAUGACGUCAUAUCGAGGGAAGAAGCUUGAUCAGCAAACUACCCUGCCUGACAGUACCACCGAGAUGCCAGAGUUCUCCACAGGGCAAGAUGUCCUGGUGAAACAGAAAGACGAUCGGUACUAUCUUGGUACUGUUGUUCAGGUAAACGCUACUCGUGAGCAAUGUUUGGUGAAAUAUGGCGACAACACAUACAACUGGUCCAGUUACAAAGACCUCACAAAAUUGAGCACGUCAGAACAAGAGGACUUGCUGUGUGUAGUAUGCAAGAAGUCAUCUCCAAAGAGCACCAGAGAUAUUGCUGUUUGCGAUCAGUGUGGUAGGGGUUACCAUUUGAAGUGUCAUCAACCUGAUGUAUCUCAUGGUAAUCCAAAAGAAGGUGCAACAUGGAUGUGCAAGAGGUGUAUAGACAGCGAACCUCAGAGACUGAUUAAAAGUGAAUCAAAACAACGCAGGGACUCUUUACGUAGUGUAUCAUCUGAAGGACGAUCAGUUCCUACUUCUACUGUAAAAGUCCUACCUUAUGAUUUGAACUCUCUUGACUGGGAUACAUAUCAUCGAGUAAACUCAGAGCAAAUUUAUUGUUACUGUGGCGGUAAUGGAGAGUGGUACAAGCAGAUGUUACAAUGUGGCAGAUGUAAACAGUGGUUCCAUGAGAGGUGUUUGGAUUGCUUACAAUAUCCUCUGUACUGUGGAGAUAGGUUUUAUGUAUUUGUCUGUUCAAUAUGCAACCAAGGUAAGGACUUCCUAAGGAGACUAGAGAUGAAAUGGGUGGAUGUAGUGCAUUUGAUGCUGUUUAAUUUGACAGCAUAUAAUGUCAAGAAGUAUUAUGAUCUGGAUACAGUCAUUAUUCCGUAUAUUAAUGAUAACUGGCAUGCCCUCCAACUACCACCAAAGAUUGCUAAUGUGACAAAAUCAGAACGCAGGGAGAACAUAUUGUCAGUGCUGACCAAUAAUAGAAAUAGGUUUAAAUGUGGCCGAGAAAUAAAAAAGAGGACCACAAUAUGGGGGUUGAGGGUAAGAUUACCUCCCCCAGCUCCUUGUGUAACACUUCCGCCUACAGGUCCUGUCACAGAGGACGAAUUGAGAGAACUGUGGCAAGGAAACAGACGUUUGCAGUUUCUGCCGAUGGUGCCGUCGCCAGCAGGCACAAAACGUAUCGUACCAUCGGACGCGAGAAUGAGAGCGUUGAUGUGUGGCGCCACCUACCAGCAGAACAACGGCGGCGAUAGGUCGGACUCUGAUUCCGAAUGCGAAGUGGGAGGCGACACUGCCAGAGAUGAAGACUCGGAAACGGAGUUCAGUAGGGAUUUGAAGCCUGCCGUCGAAAAGGUUUCCACUUCGAUCAAGUUACCUCUUCAGAAAAGUGAAUACCUGGGUGCCGGUUGUGCUAAGAAGAGUGUCCCAUUGAAAAAGAUGAGUUUUCAAAGGAGGAAGAAACUGUUGGCGAUGAGCAAUCGGGAACGAGAGAGGAUUUUGAAAAGACCAAAAAGGAGAGUUGUGCAACAGCAAGUUAACUCCAAACAGAAGGAGGGACAAACAAAAAGACUUAGAUUAGAUAAUAAAACAAACGAAGCACUGCCCCCGACGCCGCCCACGUCAGUUAGCGCGCCGCCCACGCCGCCCGCUUCGAGUUCGAACUCCGCCUCAGUGAACUCGGACCUGAGCAACGAUUUCUGCGCCACUGCCGAUACCUCCGCUCCUGCCGGCCCUGCAUUGCCACCCCACCGCAAGAAGGGACUGCUUGCUGAGUUGGCCGCCUCCGAGACGUACGCGCACUGCGACACAUCGGGGGAUGAGACUAGCUCCAAGAGUACGCUGGAUGCUAUCAUACCGCCGCCCAAAGAUUUCGAAGGUAAAAACAAUCCAUUCCUGGCCCUACUUAGGACCAAUUCCGAGGGAAAUGAUUUGAAGGUGAAGAGAAAGGAACCAAGCCUGCCACUGCCGUUGACUGCUGUGAUACCAGGAAAGCCUUUGAUGAGGCCAAUGAAGAGACAACUCAGUGAAAAGGAUAUUAUUAUUGGACCUAACGGACAGGUGAAGAGGAAGAGAUUUCGUAGGACAAGAAGUCAUACAAAUUAUACUGCUGGACAGACUGCUAGUAAGACUGCAACUAUGGUACCAGUGAGACCAGAUGCCAAAGAAUGGGGCCAGAGGUCGAAUCAGGGACCUAGUACCUCGCCAAUUGGGACUUGUAUGGAGUAUGCGUUGAACGGUAGACGACUCCGACAGCGACCUGAGAGGCAACCUCCUCCAGAAAAGGAAAAACCACCUCCAAGUACACAAACCACAUCUAAACCUAGUCCUGUGAAGACUGAACCGGAGAUCGACAUGGACGAUUUGAAGAGCUCUGUUAAUAUAUAUUUUGGUGCUGCCAAUAGGAUUGCUGCUGGGGAGAGGUUCCAGGUGAAAGCAAAGAGGAUUGGUCCUAUGGGCAAGGUAGACUAUCUUUUGGAAUGGGAAGGACCAAGCAAUGGGAUGACUUGAUCAUUGUAGAGGCUUGAAUAGUAGUGUGAUUUGGGAGAGUAAGAGCCAAAGGCUUCUAACAUAAUUAGCGAGCGAGGAAGUUUGGUUGCGAGAAACGGGGUACAUACAUAUUACUAGCACAUUUGAAUUCUUCCGAUUUCAUUAACUUUGUUUUUUUUUAUUUAUUAGUUUAAUAUCCUUUUUUGGGGUCACUGUAAUUUGUUUUGGAGAUGUGAAGACAUUGAUCCAAGGAAUCGACAAAAACAUCAGGUUUAACGUCUUCCAUCAAAUUUUUGACUUGUUUGUAGAAAAACACCCGUCGAAUCAGUAGUCUAGUGAAAUUAGAAAACCUUUGUUAACUCAACCAAACGUCCUGCAAGAGUUCAAAUUUUUUUACGUGAACUCAGAUGUUAUGUCUACGGAGUAGAUUUAAACUGUAGGUUUUCAAAAGCAUCAUCAAUUUCAACUGAAAAAACAUCCAAAUCCUGAUUCUUUUGAUAGUAAAAAAAUGUUGCAUAGGCAACUGGCCGAUAAUUUAAAACUCAUUAGCAAUAUGAAUACUUUGUGAAAGUUAUACUGACAUUUAUAUUAUUCGAUAUUACCAAUUAUUAUUCUACUGGUUGAAAUGUUAGAGGUAACAUUAUGUAAAACAUUUGGUUUUUACUUUUAGCGCCAUGAGCUAGAGUUGCAAUUCUUUUUCUUACAAAUAUUUUUCUAAAGAAAUUUUGUUGGAAGAUCGACUUUUUAAAUCUAUUGUGCAGACUAAGGUAUUGUAAUAAAUGUUCUUAAAUGGUGUUGAGUGACUGUUCUGCUCAAAAAAUGUACAAAAUACUGCUAGUGUACAUUACGCUAGUUACCCAUUCAACCGUUCCUAAAGCUGUACUUUGGAAAAAUCUGCAGAAAAAUCUAUUAUCGCGUUAGUAAAAUUUCAGAAUUAGUAACUCAAUUCGGCUUGUUGAGUAUAUAGUCAGUAAUUUGAUCACCAAAAAAUGUCGCGAAAGUAUAGUAAAUGUCCAAAAAAAAAACAAUUUGUUUAGAUGUUUAUGUGUCUGUAUAUUGAAUUGGUAUUAGAAUCCAAUGCUUUAUAUCGUAAAAUCACGAGCUGUUCGAGAACAGCAAAGAAGUGAGUGGGACUAAUUUAGUAGUUUCACACUUGAUGUUACUACUCUGUAAUUUUUUCGAGUGCAGCAUAUGUAUUACUGGAACAGUACUAUUACUAGUAAUAAUCUUUUUUACAGCAGCAAAUUGUAAACAUAUAUAUUUUUUUCAUCGCCAAUACUGCCAAUCAAAUACCUUUGAAUAUCACUGCCAAUAUUGUUGAUGAUUUUUUUUUAAGUUGGCAGGAUCACGUCCCAAGCUUCAAUGAAAAGGGUCUGGUUCAGCCGACAGUUGUUGUAGUAAUUCGCUCCCAAAAAUAUAUUCAAACGACUGUACUAAAUGAAUUAUUUUUAACAUGAUUUUGUAUAUUUUAUAUAUUGGAAUGUUUCUUUUACAACGGCUGGAUCACAGUAUGUAUAAUUUCUUGUAUGGAAAAUAAUUAGUUGCUUAACUGUCAAAUACAACAAUUUAAUUUUUGAGACUUGGUUCAGUCAAUCUGGCAUCAAAAAAGGUCUGUUCAAAAGAGAAGCGUAAAACCACCGAUUUGCAUCAUCCCCUGCCGUUUUUUUUGGGAAUCUCAAAAACAUUUUUGAAGCGAUUUUCUGAAUAAACCGUAAGUCGUACAGAAAAAAUUAUAUAACAAAAAAUAAAGAUAAUCGAAUUCUCCAGAGUUUAUCUUCCGGGAGAGAAGCUGUGUAACCACUGGAGCAAAGUUAGAGGGCGUCAGUCACCCAAAUGCAGUUUUUUGUUUGUUUCGUAGUGAAAUAAUUUUUUCCACUAUCAAAAACUUUUUUAAAGUAAAGAGCGUAAAAUCCCACCAAAUUCAUGCAUACACUUUUUUACUAUAUACUUCAUUCACACUUAUAUUUUUCUCAUACAUUCAGAAAGUUUUUUAUGAACAUGUCUGGCAGUUACCGCGUUGCUGCAUUUUUCCUGUAUUAAUAAAUAAUGUAUUGAAAAUUCUCAACCUCCAACCUAGUAUAUAUAAUAUACAAAACUACAUUAGAAGUUCACCAUGCACUCAAUUGAAAUAACAUCCUUUCUCGGGUAAGAAAUGUUCCUAAUUAUUUGUUCAUUUCCUUUUGCUGUUUGUCAUUGAGCACAGGAAUAUUAAAAUAUUGAUAAUGCACUUUAUUUCUUUUUUUUUAUUUUAACAUACAUAUAUGAAUUCUUAUGAAUCGCCGACUAAUUCACGGUAAUUAAGUGUAAACGCUGAUUCAAGACGCAACUCGAUGCAGGUAAGUGGUCUUAAACAUGUUCUUCCUUGUGUUUUUUUAUACUUUGGAGCCCCACAAGGUUGUUAUUUUGGUGUUUAGUAUGUUUUCUGGUAGACGUAUGAAUAAAGAAUAAUCACUGGAAACUUCAGCGGCAUCUACCUUUUGCAUAUGUGCUCUAGUAGCAGAAGAAAUUGAAUUGUUUUUCUUUAUUUUAAAAAUUUCAGUAAGACUUACCAAUUCCUCGAAAAAUUAAAUCCAAAAAUUUGGUUGCAAAAUUUUUAUUGAGUUUCCCAAAAGAACGGCAAGGGUGUACACAUCGGUGGUUUUAAGAUUUUCUCUUGAACCACUAACGACUGACAAAAAAAGAAAGCGGAAUAGAUUUUUUGAAUAAUAAAGUGCCAAAUUGCAUGAACUAACUUUUUUUGGAUAUUUUGGUAAACGUGAAAGAAACUCAAGUUGUCAAAUUACUACUUACAAAUGUUUACAAAACUUCGUAUAUACGCUAGGCAGAGUCUGGGCAGUCGGUCAAUGUACUGUGAUACAUGAUAGUAUACGUAAAACAUCAAUACCAAGGUGAAGUUUUUUAAGAUGCACUGAAAUAAAUUUCUUGUGAAUAUUUUCUCUGCCAAACUGCAAUCACAACUUGUAUCAAUAAAAUUUGAUGUUUAGACUGCAACUUUAUAACUAUAUAUAUGUGAUGCAGCCACUUUGAGUUAUAAUCUGGGUUUCCGGCAGUUUAAAGUUUUUUAAUUUUUGUCAAGGAUCUAAUGGUGUAUAUGAAAAAUAAACGAGCAAAAGAAAUAAACUGGUAAUAUAGCUUUCGUUUGUACGGCCAUAUAGACGGCCAACCAUGGACAGAUGUUUCGUGCUAUUUGGCAACUCCUCAGCAUGGUGUAGGCUUAGUCUAUGUGAACAACGAAUGGAAGCUGAACAACUGUUAUAUAUCCAGAAUAUAAGGUUUAUUAAAAUAAAUUUUAAUAACCUGAUACCUGCCAAACAAUCCCACAAACUUGUAACUAAGAUACAACGAAAAAUACACGGCAUGAAAAAAAAAAUAUUACCUUUUAUUGAUAUUGCUAAUUAACAGUGAUCUUUGAAACAAUAUUUUUAUUCAUCAUUAGAAACCUUGAUAAAAGCCCCAUAACUAGUUACGAGGAACCUAGAUAUUUAUUUUUGUUAAUUUCGUCUAUUUAUUUGUACCCACCCGCUUAAUGUUAUUACUAUAUGUUAUAAUAUGAUGCAUACCGAUCUAUACAGAAAUUCAAGUUGUACAGGUACAGUUAGGAUUUGCAUUUUUUAGCAUAGAUUUUUUUAUUUAGCUGUGAUUCUUUUCCUCUGUCUUUACAGUUGUCUGUUGACGUAAAUCCUUAUUUACGAUUAUGUAUAUACUUUUUCUCAACGCCUCUGUAGUUUUUCCAUUUGUUCAUUGUUUGCAUUUAUCGUCAAUAGUUGCUUUUAGAACCACAUAUUUUUGUAUCUGUUUUUAAAUCACUUCAACAAUAGUCAAAUUGGCUAUUGCAGACUUUUCUUAUAUAAAGUUUUGUUUAAUGUUGUACGCCGUAUCAACUUUUCGUAUAGAAAACUACGUAAAUAAUCUAUUAAGAUCCAUAUUUAUAAAAAAUGUAAGAUUUUGGAUGAAAUCUCACUUUCACUGGUAAAUUUCAUUCGUAUUCAAAAUUCACUUGACAGUAAAAUAUUUGGCCGGUGGAGGUGAUUUAUUUAAAAAGUUAUAAAAUUGUAGUGGGUGAAGGUCUAUCCAAAAAUAUUGUGAAGGGGCUAAGAGAACACACCUACUCGUCUUUGAAAGAAAUGGUAAAAAGGUGCUUUAAAAAUAUUCUGUAUGUAGGUAAAUGAAAAACUUUCUUAAUAAUGGAAGUGUGAAAAAUCAGUAUUCACUUCACCUAACACAAGAUUGCUAGCAAAUAUUUUUUUGAUGAUUUUGUGAAAAAAAUCAUGUUUUUUAGUAGCUUAAAUGAGACUGAAUUUCUGGGUGUAGAUACUUACAUCAGUUGGUUAAUUUACUUUAAAUGAUCG